AGUUGACGCUGGCUGCAGUGUGCUAUAUACUUGUGAGUGGUACUGUUCUCUCGGAAAGAUAAAAUGAAAAGUAUAGACUGGCUUUUAAAAACUUUCUGGACAAAAAGAUUGAUCUUAAUAUAUGCACUUUGAAUGAUUUCUAUAUAGGAUUUUUUUUUUUAUAUCAGGAAAAAAAAAAUCAUUGGCCGAGCAUUUUCCAUUCCGGACAUUUUAUGCUACAUUUUGAACAUUGAUACCAGUAGUGUGUUUGUCUGUGAUGAGAAAUAUUGAGAUCGACAAUUCUCUGAUUAGUUUGUUGAUGACAUUUUAUGCUCAGUGUGUAAUUAAUCCAUCCAUGUUUCUAACAUUUAUCACUGAACAACUGACAUUUUCUCUCAUGGACGGAUCAAAUUCAUCGCUUUCAUCAGGAAGAGAGGAAGUGGUCUGUGAGCUAUUGAAUAUGGGCGUCAGCAGUUGCAAAAUAUCACCAACACAGGAUUUGAAUGAGGAAGAUUUUAAAGUAGACAUUUACUACAAAAUUAGAAAAAAGUUUAGAAACACUCCUACCUAAUAGAAGUAUAAUUGGAAAAUGGGCGUUGGUGAGAGUAUAGAUGGUGCUGCCAUCUUUAUCAGUCCUUCACAUCAUUGGUAAUGAACAGCGACGGUUUCUAUGGCGUGCCAUCAACAGAGGCAGGAACAAGAGAGAAACCAUCAAAUUACAAACGAGAGAGCAACAAAACCGGACUUUAGGAAGGAGAUUACGACUGAGGAAGACCUAAAAAACCAAGGAAAAGGCACACCAGUCAAUCCAAGAUGGCUACCCUAUCGCUGAAAAUCAGCGUGGUGGGUAAUAAUGUUGUCAAGACAAUGCAGUUUGAACCCUCGACCCUGGUGUAUGAUGCCUGUAAAAUCAUUCGAGACAAACUUGUGGAGAUACAACAGGGAAACACCGGUGAUUACGGAUUAUUUCUGAAAGAUGACGAUCCCAAAAAAGGGGUGUGGUUAGAGUCGGGACGAGCACUGGAUUACUACUUACUGAGGAAUGGGGAUUUACUUGAAUACAGAAAGAAGAUGAGGAUAUUACAGAUCAAAACUCUCGAAGGCAACGCUAAAAAACUACAGGUGGACGAUAGUCAUACCGUCGGACAACUCAUGGUCACCAUCUGUACCCGAAUCGGAAUUGCCAACCAUGAAGAAUACUCGCUUGUGCGUGAUCUCGCUGACGAUGAGAAAGAAAAAACUAUGACAAUAAAGCGUGAUAAAUCAAUCGCCAAGGACCAGAAGAAGCUGGAGGAAAUGAGGAAAAAACUGCACACAGACGACGAAUUGGAAUGGUUGGAUCAUUCUAAGACGUUACGAGAACAAGGAGUUAACGACGAAGACACACUACUGUUACGAAGAAAGUACUUCUACUCUGACCAAAAUGUCGACCAGCGGGAUCCAAUUCAACUCAAUUUGUUGUUUGUACAGUCUCGUGAUGCCAUUUUGGACGGUACACAUCCAGUAGCCCAGGAAGAGGCGAUACAGUUCGCUGGAUUACAAUGUCAAAUUCAGUUUGGGAAUCAUAUUGAAAACAAACAUAAGACUGGCUUCUUUGAAUUGAGAGAAUUUCUGCCAAAGGAAUAUUGUAAAUUAAAAGGUGUUGAGAAAAAGAUUUUCGCAGAACACAAGAAGUGGACAGGUCUGUCGGAAUAUGAGGCUAAGGCCAAAUACACACAACAAUGUCGGGCCCUCAAGACUUAUGGUAUCACAUUCUUCCUCGUCAAGGAAAAAAUGCAGGGUAAGAACAAACUGACACCACGUUUGUUGGGUAUCACCAAGGAAAGUGUGGUCAGGAUGGACGAAAAGACCAAAGAGAUUAUGAAGACCUGGCCGCUGACGACAGUGCGACGCUGGGCCGCAUCUCCUAACAGUUUCACACUGGAUUUCGGUGAUUAUUCCGAUGCCUACUACUCCGUACAGACACAGGAAGGGGAACAAAUUUCGCGACUUAUAGCUGGCUAUAUUGAUAUCAUUCUGAAGCGGAAAAAAGCCAAAGAACACUUGGGAAUAGAUGGAACUGACGAGGCUCCCAUGUACGAGGAUAAUGUCGCUCCGGGACAAGCUACUAUCAUCAAACAAAACCAGGCCAAGGUCAGCCAUGCUGAUCACAUGUCCGUUGCCAUGCCAGGGGUCAUGAGGUCAGGAGUUGGGCCCUCAAAUUUCUCUUCAGGAUCAAUGGACUCAAUGCAGUCGAGUCAGGUGUCAAACUCAAUGCAUGUGAGGCAUGAAAACAACCAGAGUCAAGGCGUCCAUGAGUUCACGCUAACAUCCUCACAACGUGCCCUCAUUUCCUCGAUUGAUGAGGGUGUGUUAUCAAUCAAACGUGACGAAUCUACACUCGACAGUGGCAUGACCCUCCCUCAUCUCGGAGACGACUGCUGUAAGUACACAGCGUCCAAGAAAUGGCGACAGAACCAGUUAGACCUGUCCCGACAGAAAGUGAGCGCCCAGCUGGCGGCCAUGAACGCUGCCACGGCACAACUGGUUACACUGUCGGCCGGGGAUGAUGAGCCUGACACUGAUAAUGUUGGUGCAGCAGUUGCUCAAAUCACAUCCAACAUGGGAGAUUUCAGUCACGAUGUUCGUAUGGUAGCUGCUUUACAAGAUGAUGAUGACUCCAGAAACAGACUCCUUAAUGCCGCUAAACAGCUGGCUGGGGCCUUCACCGACCUCCUGAGUGCUGCACAACCUGGACCAAACUCUAAAGAUUCGAGACAAAACUUGAUCACAGCUGCCAAGACUGUGGGCGAGGCAAGCCAGGAGGUGAUGGAGGGUGUGGGAGAAUCGGCCCUCGACAUGGACAGACAUUACCAGGAAACUCUGCUGGCCUUGGCCAAGGCUGUUGCCAACGCGACUGCCCAGCUGGUUCUGAAGGCUAAGAAUGUGGCCAGUACAACAGAGGAUCAGGCUCAGCGUGACAAGGUCAUCAGCUCGGCGACAAGCUGUGCCCUGGCCACAUCUCAACUGGUGUCAUGUACCAAGGUUGUAGCCCCGACUAUAAGUAGUCCGGCCUGUCAGGAGCAGCUGAUUGAUGCAGCCAAACAGGUGGCGCGCUCUGUGGAGGGGAUCGUGGAGGCCGCCCAACAGGCAUGCAAGGAGGACAAACUGUUACAGGACCUAGGGGGCGCUGCCACUGCUGUCACACAGGCCCUUACUGACAUGCUGGAACAUAUCAAAAAGGGGGCAGGACCGGCUCAGGCUUCAGAUUCACACGAGGUUGCUGUGGAUACCAUUUUGACUGUGACUGACCGCUUGUUCAGUUCUGUCGGUGACGCCCAUGAGAUGGUCAAACAAGCACGACAGUUAGCUCAGGCGACAUCUAACCUGGUAAACGCCAUACGAGAACAGGCCGAGGGACACUCAGACACGGACACACAGAAGAGAUUAUUGGCCGCAGCCAAGGCCCUCGCCGACGCAACAGCCAAGAUGGUAGAGGCGGCCAAGGGAUGUGCCACUAAUCCUAACGAUGCUAUGCAACAACACGGCCUGAAAACGGCCGCUGAAGACUUGAGGUCUGCCACCAAUGUGGCUGCAAGUAACGCACUGAAGAAAAGGAUUGUUAUGAAACUAGAGCAUGCUGCUCGACAAGCUGCCACAGCCGCCACACAGCUGGUGAAUGCAUCGUCAUCUGCUAACAAGACUAACACCAACACCGUCUCCCAGCAACAGCUGACACAGUCCUGUAAGGAGGUAAAUGAACAGCUGCCCCGACUGGUUCAGGGAUUCCAGGGCUCCAUAAAGAACACGGAUAGUGCCUCGGCCCAACUCAACCUCAUCAACGCUAGUCAGGACUUCAUACAGCCCGCCAGUGGUCUGGUGUCGUCAGCCAAUGCCGCCGCACCAUCUGUGGGCGACCAAGCUUCAGCCAGGAACAUGAACCAAAGUUGUAAGGCCAUGUCCACUGCUUUGGCUGAGCUCCGGACAGCAGCGGCCAGGGCACAGGAAGCCUAUGGAUCACUUGAAGUGGACAGCGCCCUUGACCAUCUAACUGUCCUUGACAAAGAGUUAGAGGAGUACCGAAGGGCAGCUGAGUCGGGCGGGCUUGUUCCUUUACCAGGGGAAACAGCAGAGUCAUCAGCUCAGAAGUUAGGAACGACUUCCAAGUCUGUAGGGUCAGCCAUGGCUCAGCUUCUCACUGCAGCCUCACAGGGUAAUGAUAACUAUGUAGGAAUAGCUGCCCGAGACACAGCUAAUGUGAUGAGGGUUUUGACCGAUGCCACACGAGGAGUUGCUGCCACGACUGAAGACCGACAAGUACAGUUGCUUGUCAUUGACAGUGCAAGGGACGUAAUCGACAAGUCAACACGAUUACUGGAGGAAGCUAAACUAGCCCUCAAUAACCCCGACAAUCCCGACAACCAGGCCAGACUCAACCAGGUUGCAAAAGCGGUAUCAAAUGCCCUCAACAACUGUGUGAGUUGUCUCCCUGGACAGAGAGAUGUGGACAAUGCUGUCCGACAUAUCAUGGAAUCCAGUCAAGCCCUGUCAACUUCAGAGUUUCCAAGUUCAUCUAAGUCUUUUCCGGAGGUUCAGAGCGAUAUGAACGACUCGGCAGUGCACCUGAACCAGGCCGCGAGCGACAUAGUCACCUCGUCUCGUGGUACAGCUCAAGAACUUGCAACCUCUUCCAACAGAUAUAGCAGUACCUACCAUACUUUUGUACAGACAGGUCUCACCAUGGCUGGCAAGUCAAAGGACACAGAAACACAAUCACAAAUUGUUGGAGGAUUAAAGAGUGUUUCCAUGGUUUCCAGUAAACUUCUGUUGGCUGCGAAAUCUGUACUUGCCGACCCCAAUGCACCAAAUGCUAAAAAUCUGCUUCAACAGGCAGCCAGGUCUGUGACUGAGAGCAUUAAUCAGCUCAUCACCAUCUGUACGGUAUCUGCCCCUGGACAGAAGGAAUGUGACAAUGCUCUACGUCAGAUUGAGGUUAUGAGGAGUCUACUCGACAGUGCUAACGAACCAGUAUCUGACAUGACCUACUUUGAGUGUUUAGAAUCUGUCAUGGAAAAAUCAAAGGCUCUCGGAGAAGCAAUGACAGGGAUUACAAACCAUGCCAAGCAGGGUGAACUGGAAGACUUCUGUGUAGCUGUACAUAACUUCGCAGGAUCUGUGUGUGGGUUAACUGAGGCCUCAUCACAGGCUGCUUAUCUGGUUGGAGUCUCUGAUCCAAAUUCAGAACCAGGACGACCAGGAUUGGUCGACCAAUCACAGUUCGCCAGAGCAAAUCAAGCCAUUCAGUCGGCAUGUUCAAAUCUAGCUAACCCAGCCAGCUCCCAACAACAGGUUCUAUCGGCUGCCACCAUUGUCGCCAAACACACUUCAGCUUUGUGUAAUGCCUGCCGUCUGGCUUCGUCAAAAACCUCCAAUCCUGUUGCUAAGCGACAUUUUGUGCAGAGCGCUAAGGAUGUUGCCAAUAGCACAGCAAACCUCGUAAAAGCCAUCAAGGCUCUAGACUCUGAAUUCACAGAAGAAAAUCGGGAGAGAUGUGCUGAAGCAGCCAAGCCUCUUAUUGAGGCAGUUGAUGAACUCACAAAAUUCGCUUCAUCUCCUGAAUUUGCCAGCGUGCCAGCCAAGAUCAGUCCACAGGCUAAGAAAGCACAGGAGCCAAUCACAUCAGCAGGUAAAGCGAUGAUUUCAGGCGCGUGUAGCAUGGUCCAAGCAGCGAAGCAACUGGCCGUCAACCCGAAGGACCCUCCUACCUACCAACUCUACUCAAACUACUCCAAGAGUGUGUCGGACGCUAUAAAGAAACUGGUGUCCUCCAUCAGGGACAGUGCCCCAGGACAGCGAGAGUGUGACGAUUCCAUGGAGAAGCUAAGCCACUCCAUCCGUACAUUGGACCAGGCAGCAUUAUCUGCAAUUAGUCAGAGCCUCAAACAACGCCACGACAAAUCUCUCAAGGCGUUCCAGGAGCAGAUGAUCAGCAGCGCCCGCCAGAUUCAGGAACAUAUCGACCAGGUCCGUGUCUCUGCCAAGGAGGAGCCAGAAAACCUCGGACACAGAGUCACCGUGAUGGCCAGCUACUUUGAUCCCCUGGCUGACGGAGCAGUGGGCGUUGCAUCUCUGGUCACCAACUCAAAACGGCAAACCCAGAUUAUUGACUUGACUAAGACGGUGGCCGAGUCUACUCUUCAGUUUGUUUAUUCCUGUAAAGAAGGAGGAGGCAACCCCAAGGCUAUCCACACACACCAGAAUAUUGAUACAGCUGCUGAGAAUACAAAGGAUGUCCUUCAGGAUCUUCUCCAAUCACUGGAGGAAGCCGCCUCACAGGCCGGCAUGGUCAACAGUAUGAUAGAGAAAAUAAGCAAGUCCAUCACUCGGACGGACGAAAGAGUAACUGUUCAAGAAGAUAGAAAUUAUGUGGAUUAUCAAACCAACAUGGUACGACUGGCCAAAAAUAUUGCCAUGACAACUCAAGACAUGGUUGCCAAGUCAACCACCAGUGUGUCAGAGCUUGGAGGAUUAGCCAAUCAGCUCACAAGAGAUUUUGACCUAUUAGCCAAUGACUCGCGAGGAGCAGCAGCAUCCACAGCCAGUAGUGAUGUUGCCAACAGAAUUCGGACAACAGUACAAGAUCUGGGUAAAUGCUGUAUAGAGUUGGUACAAGAUGCUGGUAACUUACAGAGUAAUCCCUCCGACACAUUCGCACGACGCGACCUGGCUGACCACGCAAGGAGUGUCAAUGAAAAGGUGUCCUUCCUGUUGGCUUCUCUCCAGGCAGGAUCUCGCGGCACACAGGCUUGUAUCAACGCGGCCAGCACAGUGAGUGGCAUCAUUGCCGACCUUGACACCACGAUAAUGUUUGCCACAGCUGGAACUCUUAACUCUGACAGUGCUGAUUCGUUUGCUGACCACAGAGAAAACAUUCUGAAAACAGCAAAGGCGUUAGUCGAGGAUACAAAGACACUUGUAGCCGGGGCAGCGUCAAAUCAAGAGCAAUUAGCAGGUGCAGCACAAAUGGCCGUGAAGACCAUCACACGGUUGGCUGACGUUGUCAAGUUCGGCGCCGCCUCCUUAGGGUCUGAGCAACCUGAUGCUCAGGUGAUGAUCAUUAAUGCUGUGAAGGAUGUGGCCUCGGCCCUGUCGGAACUGAUCAGCGCAACCAAGAAUGCAUCGGGUAAAUCUGUCCAGGAUCCCGCUAUGUUACACCUGAAGGAAUCUGCCAAGGUGAUGGUUACCAAUGUGACAUCACUCCUGAAGACAGUGAAGACAGUUGAGGAUGAAGCAGCGAGAGGUACCCGGGCACUAGAAUCCACAAUCGAGGCCAUUGGACAAGAAAUUAAGACAUACGACACUACAAAUGAACCAAUGAGAAAAGCAACAGCAGAGGACCUUAUAAGGAUAACCAAACCAAUCACCAUGGCAACAGCCAAAGCCGUGGCUGCUGGUAACUCCUGUCGACAAGAGGAUGUUAUUCAGGCGGCCAAUAUCGGUCGGCGAGCCAUAUUUGAUCUCCUGGCUACUUCUAAGGGUGCUGCCACAACAGCUGAGACCGCAGAUAUCCGUCACCGAACCAUUGUGACAGGACGAAAUGCAGCAUCCGCCUACAACCAACUCUUGGAACAAGUCAAUGUGAUUAUACAAAGACCGACACCAGAGGGCAGGCAGUGCUUAGUCGAACUCUCCAGACAAGUAGCAAACUCUGUGUCCGAAAUCGUCCAAACAGCUGAAGCUAUCAAAGGCUCUGAUUGGGUGGAUCCACAGGAUCCAACAGUUAUCGCUGAAAAUGAGCUCCUUGGAGCUGCCAACUCUAUUGAAGCAGCUGCGAAGAAGCUGGCAAUGCUGAAACCACGGCCUAAGGUCCAGGAAGCUGACAUGAGUUUAGAAUUUGAAGAACAGAUCUUGGAUGCUGCCAAAUCUAUUGCUGCGGCGACAGCAGCUUUGGUGAAAUCAGCAUCAGCAGCUCAGCGAGAACUGGUGGCUCAAGGAAAAGUAGGAGCUACUUACAGUCGGAUGGACACAGACGAGGAUGGACAAUGGUCACAGGGUCUUAUAUCGGCGGCCAGAUUGGUAGCUACGGCGACCCACAGCUUGUGUGAAUCGGCUAACGCCAUGGUCCAGGGGAAUGCCACAGAAGAGAGACUCAUUGCAUCGUCGAAGGAGGUUGCGGGGUCAACGGCAGCCUUAUUGGUCGCCUGCAAGGUCAAGGCUGAUCCUGGCUCUAUCGCCAUGCAGCGGUUACAGGCCGCUGGAAAUGCAGUCAAGCGUGCAACAGAUGCGUUGGUCAAGCAGGCACAACAGUCUAAGGACACUGAGGAGGGGACACAACUGACCAUUAACAAGAGAAUGGUUGGGGGUAUCGCACAGGAACUUCAAGCUCAAGAAGAGAUACUUAGAAAGGAAAAAGAAUUGCAAAUGGCACGACAGAAAUUAGCCGGUAUAAGGAAAGCGAAAUACAAAGACAGACCGGAUGAAUACGACUCAUCCUCAUCAUUUUAAUUAAUACCAUAUUAGAUAGGACAAUUAAUAUUUGAAUUAACGAGGAAAGGAUUUGAAAUGAGUUACGCAACAGGAAGCAAUUGACCGAAAGUUGCGGGGACAUAUUUGAAAUACUUGACAUACAAGUUGCCAAGUGUGUGUGUGAUACUGUGAUGAACAAUUUGAUACGCAAACCAGAAAAGAGACAUUUUAGUACCAAAGUCAAUGAAUUUGUACCAGGAUUAAGAACAGAUUAAGAAAAUUCUUUUGAAAAGAAAUUCAUAAAAAUCUGUACAGAAUAUUUUUGCACGUUAAUGAUUUUCAUGAGAAACUGUACCAACAGUUCAUACUUAAUUUGUAUUUUUCGUGGAAUUAUAAAGAAAUGUGGUUUGAUUUUUAGUGUUAUGGUAGUGUUUUUUCACUAGAUUUUGGUUUUCUCACAAACAUUUAUUACCUGCGAAAAAUGUGCUGCAAAUGAGUGUUAUUGUACUAAGUUUGAGAAACAACACCGGUUCUAAAAUACAGGCUGUUUACCGUUACCUAGGUAACAGGCUGUUUACCGUUACCUAGGUAACAGACUGUUUACCGUUACCAACAAUUGUAUGUAUCAUGUUUAUCAAUCUAUUGUACCCUGCAUUAAAUCACACUAAUACAUUCUGUAAAAUGGUAAUUUUUUAGAGAAAAUUUUUCACAAUUUUUUUUUAUUCAAAUAAUUACAGUAAACCAUUAAAAAAAUAUUUAUCUUAUUUAAGAAAUAUGACUGAAGAAAUAUUUUCAAUUCAAAUUGUGGAAAAUUUUUCCCAAAAAAUUAUUAUUUCACAGUAAAAUAAAAUCUGGUUAGAUGUUUUCAGGGCGCAUUUAGUGCCAAGGUUUAUUACAUGAAUCCAAUACUGCACGCUAUGCUAGAAAUAAAGCUGUUGGAGAAAUGCCAAUAUUCAGAAUGUGCCUAAAAAGUCUUGUGAUGAUUUGUCUUCAUAUCUGUGCGACCAAAGUGGUUUUGUUCGAUGUUGAAGAGGCUGGCCCAAUUUAUUGUUAUGUAUACAGGACAGAAGUAUUAAAUGAAGAAAAUGUUUGCAUUUAAUUGUUACACCCAUUUUAAUUGGUUAGAAGACCUACUUAGAUAUUUUAUCAACCAAUCAGAAACAACUUUAGUAAUUUGUUUUGUUUCAUCAUAAUUCAGUAGGUCAAAAUAUAAAUAAAAAAUUAGGUUAUUUUAUUAAAAAAAGUACAGAUAUAAAAUUGUAAUCAAAGUUCAUAUAUAUAUAUAUAUAUACAUUCUUUUCAAGUUUUAUUCAGGAUUAAGCUUACUACCUUCAUUUUUUAUUUUUAAUUGUAUUUAGAUUGAGACCAAUAAUCGAUAUACAUACAACUUAAGUUUUUUAAGAAUAAUUAUACUCUUUUGAUUGUUGUAAUUGUUACCAGUGAUUUUCCUGUAAUACAAUCACAUGUAUUUCCAUUGACUUCAAAAUUAUAAACAUUGCGACAAUGACCUUAUACGGGUCUAAAUCCUUAAACAAAAAUCAAUAACAGUAUUUAUACAGCAGUGAGCCAAUGCUUGAUAAUAAGCCCACCCAUCAUGGCUUCGAGUCCAAGUAUUUGGGUUGACCCCAGAGCCCGUUACAGGAUUAAUAUGGAAUAUUUUUAUAUUCUAAUGAUUCAAUAUCACAAAAGUUUACAAAUAUGUUUUAUUUCAUUUGGGAAAUAACCAAAAGCACAAUGUUGGUAUAAAUUGAGAACAAUUUGUAUGUUGUGUUGAUGAAAUAUUGGUAUCGCUUCUUUUUUUUUUUUUUUAAUUCUGUAGAUCUGGAAGUAUGUUAAUAUGUAGUUCCAGGAAGGGUACGAACAUUGCCAUCGUAAAAAUAAAUUCAAUUGCAUCAGAAAUAAUAUGGUAAUACAUAUGAAUAUGUCAAGAUAUCAAACCGUAUUUAAUGUCAAAGAAUUGAAAUUUAUAGUUUGUUUUUCUGUCAUCAUCCAUCACACUUUGUAAACAAGCUUGUUGGCUUUGCAAUUUUUCACUGCAAUACAUCACAAACCACAAUAGGACAUUACCUACAGCCCUUAAUGACUUAAUGUCGACUGACCUAUAAUUAUAGUAAUGUUAUAAGGCUAUUCUCUAAAUCCUAGAAAACUCACAACCAAGCUUAUGAGUUGCAAUGAUGAUGGUGGUGAAGAUAUUGUUGUUUUGAAAUAAACACCUUUGCUAACGAUUUUCCUCUGAACAGGUGUAAAUACAGGUAGAUAUGUAUAAUUUGUAUUUGUAUAUAAGAGGACUGUUUACUCGCUAUAUGUAUAAAUGUACACGAUGUGAUAGAACAGACGGUAUUAAUCCUGUGUGCGCUAUUUUUGUACUUAUAAAUGAGCUUUAAAAAAUACUACAUGUACUGCAGAGCACCUCGCUUCUCUGUUCCUGAGUCUUUGAACGAGUUUUCAAAGAGGAAAUUGUACGCCCUGUGAACUUUGAACAAGUGUAAAACAGUAGGUUUCUCUGGGAGAGACUUGAAUUACAGAAAAAAAACACAAAUUAUUAUUGCCCAGUAUUAUUUUUCCCCUGGGUUUUCUGUGGGUUCUGUUACUUGGGUUGAUUUAUUUUACACAAGAACACAGAACUCUUGUGUCAUGCCAAUGUUAUUAUUUAGUUUGGUAAAAUUUCUUCAUUGAUAUAAAAUAUUUUUAAAGCAUUAGAGUGACGGUUUUCUUGUCCCUGACAAGUGUUAUCUAUAAAUUAUGUCAGUGUUGUUAUGUUUACAAUAGUUCUUCAUGAGUUAGCGAUUUUACAUUCAAUCUGACACAUGCAGGUGAUUCCUCUAUGAUUUCACUAAAGGAAAAUAAAUGUUUUCUGACAAAUUUUUCACAUCUACUGCUUUAUGCUAUAGAAACAUCUAUUUUGUCAAAUGUUGCUGAUUUAUAUUCUACAAAUAUUAGAAAAUAACAUUUUUCACUAAUUGAGUAGUUUAGUUAGGAAAUCUAUUAAUUUGAGAAUUCCAAAUACCAGGGGUAUAUAUCCUCUUGUCAAAAAAUUACAUGUAAAAUAUCUUAAAAAGAAUGUGGUUCUCAUUCAAUAGAUACAUUAACAAAUAUUUAGCCUUCUGCAUUUUCUUGGACAAAAGGACAAAUGUUUUCGAUAUAAUGUUUAAAAGUAUAUUCAACAAUAUUGCAAAUUCCAAGGGAGGUAACCAUCGUUUAUUCCCUUAGAUCAUGAGAAAACUUUAAAAAAUUGGAAUCAUUUGCACUAGUUGUUGUUCGUCAUUCUACAAACAUCACUUAUGUAUGGAAUUGAAACCUUUGUAAUGGAAGUGCUUUUUGUGGUUUUUCUUGUUGAAAUAUUUUUAAGUGAUUUUUAAGUGUAUUUUUUGUAUUUUGAUUUAGACAUAUAUAGCUAUAUAUUUAUCGUUUUAUUUAUAUACAGAUAGGAAUUAUAUACACAGUAUAUCUUCCCUGAUAAACCAUACAGAUCUGUUCUAUAUAUAGCAUUUCAACCCAAUUUCCUGCUUGUCUUUUGCGAGAUUUGGUUCCAUAUUCAGCUGGUGAUCAAUUAUCAAUCAAUCAAAACUUUUGUAUCAAGCCCAUGGAGUUGAAUUUCAUGAUAUUAGAAACAAAAGAUUUGAUUGGCUGUUAACUUUACCAACCAGAUAAUUUGUUAUAGAUUCUUGGUAGGAGACUGGACUAUAUUGAACUAGAAUACUUUGUCCAAUGUACAAUCGUGACAGCAGUGUCUGUACGAAUAAUUUGCAUAUCAUGAAUAUUAAAUUUGCUUCAAAUAUUAUGUAAAAGAUAUUAUGUUGAAAAAAAAGAUUAAUAAGUAAAUUAAUCUAUAUAAAGAAA